CUGAAGCGCGGGGCUGGAGAGUCCCCUGCGCCUCGGAGGAGCCAUGCCGGCGCGUAAAACCAUUGUGGUCCCAUUGGAGUCUCAGAAGGGGCUGUGCCCCGCGGACGUGCACGCGCUGCUGCAGCGGAGUCAGACCUCGGCGAGCAGCGGCCCGGACAGCGACUGCAGCGACGGUCCGUGCGUGGUGGAGCUGCGCGUGUGCCCCUCCGGCGGCGCGCUGCGGCUCCUGCCGCCGGACCAGUGCGCCCUGGAGCGCGCGCAGCGGCGGCGGCGGCUGGCCGCGAACGCGCGCGAAAGGCGGCGGAUGCUGGGCCUGAACGUGGCGUUCGACCGGCUGCGGAGCGUCAUCCCCAACCUGCAGAGGAAGCUGUCCAAGGCGGAGACGCUGCAGAUGGCGCAGAUCUACAUCAGCACGCUCAGCGAGCUGCUGCACGACGGAGCGCGCGCGCCCCAGGAGCACGCGGGGGACAGCGCGUGCCAAAGUGACACUUGAAGACUCUCAUCAUCAAGAGGACUUUUUAAUUUUUCUGUGAAAUGAGGGAUGCGCGUGCGCUGAAACAAACAAGGGGGCGGGGCUACUAAAAGUAUGAAGCUUUAUUCUUUGAAGACUGUACAGGUGAGACACACGCCCUGAAAUCAGUACAAAGGUGCAGCUAUCCUCCGUGCAUAACAAGCACGCGCUUAGAAAAUGAAAAAUAGAUUCACAAAAGUAGAGUUAAGACUCGAUUGACCCCCCCGCAGUGUAUUUACAGCAUAUAUGUACAAAUGCUGCUUCCUGUGAGAGUAAAACUGUUGUCAAACUAAAACAUUUUUUUGUGUGUUUUCUUCCCGCUGAGCUCUGGAAAAAAUAUUUACUCAUGAAGGUAAAAAUUUCAGGCAGAAAUGACACAAAUCUAAAAUCAUGGCUUUCUCCUGUGUCUGGGGGGGGGGCACUUUUUCAUUCAUAAAAGGUCUUUCUCAGCAGUAUUGUGAGAUGCCUCAGAGGUAUGAUGGGAAAUGUAGUCUAACAGUUGCAGUUAAAGCCUUCAGUCAGAUCUGAAUAAAAUCUCAACACUAAAAAAAA